AUGUUACUGGAUGCUGGUCACCAGUUCCCCGGACUGGGAGUAGGGUCGUUUGCCAGGCAUCACUCAGCGAGCGAGAUGCAGGAGAGAGACUUGAGUUUGGCACAAAAUAGCUUUGUAGACUCGGCACACAUGGGUGCGUUUAAGCUGAACCAUGAUCUCUCUCCGGGACAGAGCUCUGCCUUCACCACCCAGGCGCCGGGCUACCCCGCUGCGGCGCUGGGGGCUCACGCUGCCCAUGUCACGUCGUAUGCAAGCUCUCCUUUCAACUCCACCAGGGACUUUCUCUUUCGCAGUCGUGGCUUCGGAGAAUCCUCUCCGGCGAGCGGCCAACAUACUAUUUUUGGGCCCACGGCGGGAUCCCUUCAUCACUCCCACACAGACACUCAAGGCCACAUUCUGUUCCCCGGGAUCCACGACCAGCACGGGUCCCACGGAUCCCCGAAUGUCCUGAACGGGCAAAUGAGGCUCGGACUACCGGGAGAAGUUUUCGGACGCUCCGACCAGUACCACCAGGUUUCCAGCCCGAGGACCGACCCGUACUCGGCGGCGCAGCUCCACAACCAGUACGGCUCCAUGAAUAUGAACAUGGGGAUGAACAUGGCAGCCCACCACCACCCCGGUGCCUUUUUCCGCUACAUGAGGCAGCAAUGCAUCAAGCAGGAGCUCAUCUGCAAGUGGAUCGACCCCGAGCAGCUCAGCAACCCGAAGAAGUGUUGCAACAAAACUUUUAGCACCAUGCACGAGUUGGUCACGCACGUCUCGGUGGAGCAUGUCGGCGGACCGGAGCAGACCAACCACGUCUGUUUCUGGGAGGAUUGCGGCCGGGAGAGCAAGCCAUUCAAGGCGAAAUACAAACUGGUGAACCACAUUCGGGUGCACACCGGGGAGAAGCCUUUUCCAUGCCCCUUCCCCGGCUGUGGAAAGGUCUUCGCACGGUCGGAAAACUUGAAGAUACACAAGAGGACACAUACAGGAGAGAAGCCGUUCCAGUGUGAGUUUGAGGGCUGCGACAGAAGGUUUGCAAACAGCAGCGACCGAAAGAAACACAUGCACGUCCACACGUCGGACAAGCCUUAUCUCUGCAAAAUGUGUGACAAGUCCUACACACAUCCCAGCUCCCUACGAAAACACAUGAAGGUCCACGAGUCCUCGCCACCAGCAUCAGACUCAUCACCAGCAGCCAGCUCUGGUUACGAGUCCUCCACACCUCCAGGCCUGGUGUCUCCCACCACCGAGACCCAAAGCAACACCACCCUGUCCCCAGCCUCAGCUGUGCACAACACCACCAGCCACAGUGGCCUAUCCUCCAAUUUCAGUGAAUGGUAUGUGUAG